UCUGUUGUAUAACUGAACACAUACAUAAAAAAACAAGAGCCUAGAGAGGGAAAAAAAGCCUCUUGCAUAUUCUCUUCCACUUCAUUAUUUUUCUCGCAAAUUUGACAAACUGUGAAGUUAGUUGUUACAAUCUGCUACCUACUUGUAUAUAUCGACGACGACUACAACAACGACGACGACAAUGACUCGAUUUUUGAGUCUGAUUCAUGGGUUGAAACCCAUAGUUUUCAUGAUUCUUGUGCAAACUUCAUUUGCUGGUGUCAAUAUUUUCUACAAGCUAGCGGCUAUCGACGGCAUGAAUUUGAGGGUUUUAGUCGCUUAUCGCAUUCUUUUUGCUGCAGCUUUCAUUGUCCCUCUCGCUUUCUUCCUUGAAAGGAAAAGCAGACCAAAGUUAACAUGGACGGUUCUCGGCCAAGCUUUUCUUUGUGGACUAUUUGGGGGAUCACUUGUUCAAAAUCUGUACUUGGAGAGUCUUGUAUUAACCUCUGCUACCUUUACUGCCGCUAUGGCAAAUCUCAUUCCUGCUGUUACCUUCAUUCUUGCUGUGUGUUUCAGGUUGGAAAAGGUGUCACUAAAAUCAGUAUCAGGGAAAGCAAAGAUUCUGGGAACCUUACUUGGAAUAGGUGGUGCAAUGAUCCUUACAUUCUACAAAGGGAUCGAGGUUAAGUUAUGGUCAACAAACAGUCACUUCCUCAAACAGACGACCAUGGGACUUGUGAUACAUGAUGGGCAAAAUCGUCUCGUUGGAUCAUUCUUAGCUUUAGGUUCCUGUUUUUCUUACGCCGCUUGGUUGAUUGUUCAGGCCAAGAUGAGUGAGAGUUAUGGAAGUCCUUAUUCAAGCACGGCAUUGAUGAGCAUAAUGGGAUCAGUACAAGCUGUUGUAUUCGCAUUGUGUGUGGAUCGAGACUUGAGCCUGUGGAAGUUGGGCUGGAACAUUCGCCUCCUCACCGUUGCUUACUCCGGAAUUGUUGCUUCAGGUGUGUCGGUGACGGUAAUAGCAUGGUGUGUUCGUGUUAGAGGGCCAUUGUUCGUGUCGAUAUUCAACCCUUUAACACUCAUUCUAGUAGCACUGGCGGGUUCUCUUAUUCUUGAUGAAAAACUAUACAUAGGAAGUGUAAUAGGAGCAAUUUUAAUUGUGUUCGGAUUAUACGCGGUAAUAUGGGGAAAAGGGAAGGAGAUAAAGAAGAUGACCAAGUUGGUGCCUUCAAUGAGUCUCGAAGAUUCCGUUACGCAUAAUGCUUCCACAAAUACAGAUGAUGCAACAAAGAAAGAUGAUGAUCAGUCAUCUCAUAAUGACAUUACUGCUGCUCGAGUUCAAUCCAUCGAUGAAGUUGUAGUUGAACGAAAUCCACUGUAAUUUGGAAUCUGGUACAGGUUGGAAACGUGAUUUUAAAAGAGGAUAGCAUGCAGUUGAAAAGAGCAUUAUUAGAGUAGUAGUCAUUCUGGUAGGAAUCCCAAUUUUUGCAUCACCUUGGUUUCUAUCAUUUCAUGUGUCCAUAGAUGUGAUUGGUCCUUGUAAUCAUUUUUAACCCAAUUUAUUUAGGUGUAUGCUUUUUUUUUUUUAACAAAAUAAUACAUCUAUUGUCUUUAAAUAUGCACAUUUUAACUUUGUAAUCGUGACCACUUAAUUUACAUGCAUAUAA